AUGCUGUGCGCAAUCUCCGGAGAAGCUCCCCAGGUGCCUGUGGUUUCGCGAAAGAGCGGUAAUGUCUUCGAGAAGCGUCUCAUCGAGGCAUACAUCUCGGAGAAUGGCAAAGACCCUGUUACUGGAGAAGACCUUAGUGUCGAAGACCUACUAGAACUCAAAUCAGCCCGCGUAGUUCGACCGCGCCCGCCUACCCUCACAUCCAUUCCAUCCCUCCUAGGAGUCUUCCAAGAAGAAUGGGAUGCCCUCGCACUUGAAACAUAUACUCUAAAACAAACCCUGGCUCAGACGCGACAAGAGCUCAGUACCGCGCUAUACCAACACGAUGCAGCCGUCAGGGUCAUCGCAAGACUAACAAAGGAAAGAGAUGAGGCUCGUGACGCCUUGUCAAAAGUGACAGUCGGUGCAGGUCGCGCUCCGAGCAAUGGCGAUGCUAUGCAAGUAGACAGCACUGGCUUGCCGCCAGCUGUUAUUGCUAGGAUAGAUGCCACACAAGAACAAUUAUCGAAAACGCGCCGCAAGCGGACAGUUCCAGAAGAAUGGGCUACUGGAGAAACGAUACAAGAGUUCAAACCCACUGAUUGCUCUGAGGCGCUUUAUCCCGGCGGGAAGACCUUAUCCCUCGAUCCUUCGGGUAAUCUCGCGUUGGUUGGGGGUGUUGAUGGUGUAGCUGGUAUAUAUUCGCUGGCUGAGAAGCGGAUAGUAUCAUCUCUGAAAGUGGGGGGUGCUGUCACGGAUGCUGUAUGGAUAGGGGCCAAGGCAGCUGUUGCGACUUCCGCGGGCUCAGUAAAAAUAUUUGAGAACGGGACGGAGGUUGCCACCUUCAAUUCACAUGCCGGGGAGGCUACUUCAUUGGCAACACACGCUACGGGCGAUAUCAUUGCGUCCGUGGGCGUGGAUAAAAGCUAUGUUCUCUACGAUCUUACUUCCAAUUCUGUCAUUGCCCAAAUUUACAGUGACGCCGCCUUAAAUUGUGUUAAGUUCCACCCUGAUGGCCAUCUUGUCGCUGCUGGUGGUGCUGACGGCCAAAUUAAAAUUUUCGACGUCAAAACCGGAACAAGCGCAGCUAAUUUCAGUGCUGGCAGUCCGCUCAAAGCUCUGUUCUUCUCAGAGAAUGGCACCUGGCUAGCAUCCGUGACUAAAAACUCUACCACGGUUUCGAUAUGGGAUUUGCGCAAGUCAGCGGAGAUCAAGGUGCUAGAAACAGGAAACCGUGUCGAUUCCAUUAGCUGGGACUACACUGGACAAUUUUUAUUGACUGGCGGCCCGAACGGAGUGACAGUACAGCAAUAUACCAAAGCGUCCAAAAAAUGGUCAGAGCCUCUGCGAAGCGCGGUACUCGCUGUUGCAGCAGAGUGGAGAAAAUCGGCGCAGGGAAUUGUGGCACUGAACGGCGACGGCGUUCUUACAGUGGUGGAAGCAAAGCCAUGA